UCGUUCCCCUACCGCCCCACCCUCCUCCUUUAUGUUCGUGUCUUCCUCGCCUCCUAUCGAUAAACCCGACCCGUACGCCCAGGACCCACCUCCCUCCCUGCUUCGCCCCCUACACCCGUCAAAAGAAUUCCAACCCUCGAUUUUUGGCCUUCUUUGGAGGAUAGAGGGGAAGGAAAGAUCCCAUCUUGGUCAAAAUAGUCGAAAUCUUUGGCUGCUUUUCUGCCCUAGUUUUGCCCGAACUUGUUUUUCCCAUCUUUUUCUGUGGCUAUUUUAGUGAUCUAUAAGUUAGGGUUUGAAAAUUUUCGUUUCGUGAGCGAAACCUGUUGCUAUAUCGAUCAUUGGCUUCUCCAGAGACAAAUUUGGCUCCCAUUUGAGCCCCCAUGUGACGGUGGAGCAGUUGUCUAGGGUUUCUCUUUUCUUAAUAGUUAUGGGGAGCACUGGCGAGCCGGACCGGAAGAGGCGCCAUUUCAGCUCCAUAUCCCCCACUGCCGCCGCAGCUGCCAUGAAGCAGCCCUUGGCACCUUGCUCCGAUGACAAGAAGCUUGAUGUCGCUGUCCUUCAAUACAAGAAUCAAAAGCUUGUUGAACAAUUAGAAGCUCAGAAAGUUGAGUGUCUUGCUCUUGACAAUAAGCUCACUCAGCUGAAAGAGAAACAUAAGAAUUACAGGGACACAUUACUUGUGGUCAAUAACUCCUGGGAGCGACUUGUCGGUGAUUUGGAAUCACUUUCUGUUUGCACAAGUGGAUCUACAAAUGAUGGAUAUGAUUUAAGACAUUCUCAUAUGAUAGAGGAUGGAGCAUCCUGCCCCACAGAGGAUGAUUUUUUAAGCAGACUCCUAGAAACUGGUGCUACUGAAAGUUCGAAUUAUGUAUCCCCUAGUGAAAAGGAAGAUGAUAUAGGAGCAAUGCAAUUGAGGGCAAAAAACAUCUUACAGAAUAUCAUAGCUUCAUUUAAUGAUGUGUGCCAUGUAAAUGAGGAACUUGCUGCUGCUCUCCUGGUUGCUCUUCCUGAAGACGAGAACAGCAGACAAUUAAUGAAGACCACGAAUGAUCUGGAGGUGGAACUUGGGAACUUUUUAGUGGCAUUAGGUGAUCUUCAUUUGAAACACAGACUGUUGACAGAUAGGUUCCAGAACCAUCAAGAUGCGGAUGCUAAAAAUAAGGCUGAGCAUAACCGUUUGGCAGAGGAGUUGGCAAGUACUGUUGCUGAGUUGGAAGAAAGCAAUCGUAAACUGGCAACCCUCAAGGCACAAAGGGAUACAACACAAGGAACACCUUUUCUUUUUCCAACUUUAGGAAAUAAACAUGUUGGUGGAGAUAAGGUUAGAGAUAAACAAAAAGAACUACAUGACCUAGAGUCCACAGUCAAGGAGUCGAUGAAUUUAGUUUCAAGCCGGCUGGUAGAGAUUCGGAGUCUACAUGAAGAAAGAAUUGAAAUUUUGAAGAAGUUAGUUAAUUUGCAGAACACUUUGAUGGAUAUCAAGAGUAUAUCUUCAUCCAAAGCUUUUCAAUUGCUGAAUGAUCAAUUAGAAAAGUCAAACAUGGAAAUGGAUCAGUAUCGGGCAUCUUUGGAGAAAUUACAGGUUGAAAAGGACAACUUUGUUUGGCAUGAAAAAGAAAUGACUUUGAAAGUUGACCUAGCCGAGAUAUCUUGGAGAGUAUCUGUCUUUUCUGAAUCUAGAACCGCUGAGCUAGAUCAGGAGUUGCAGAGACUGGCUGAGGAAAGGAUUGUGUUGGAAACCAAGCUUGAAGAGGCUUUAAGAGAACCAGGUAGGAAAAAAAUUAUCGCAGAAUUCAAAGCACUAGUAUCAUCACUACCCAAGGAUAUGGGAAUCAUGCAAAGUGAACUUAGUAAAUGUAAGGAGGCUGCUUCAGAACUCCAUUCUUUCCGAGCAGAAGUUCAAUCUCUUUCCAGUAUGUUACAAAGGAAGGAGGCUGAGCUGGAAUCUAUAUCUGAUAGAUAUGCUAACCAGCUUUCUGAGGUAAAGAAACUGCAGUCCACGGUUCGAGAUUUAAGACAGGCUAAUCAAGAGUUGAAGCUAUUUCUAGAGAUGUAUAGGCGUGAAUCUACCGAUUCCAGAGAAGUCAUAGAAUCUAGGGACAUGGAAUACAAGUCAUGGGCUCUUGUUCAAAGCCUUAAGUCAUCUCUUGAUGAACACAACCUGGAGCACCGUGUGAAGGCAGCCAAUGAAGCUGAAGCAAUAUCCCAGCAGAGACUAGCCACUGCUGAAGCUAAGAUCGCUGAGCUGAGGCAGAAGUUGGAAGAUUCUGGGAGGGAAAUAUGUAAAUACUCUGAGACUCUGAAAUCCAAACAUGAAGAAGGCGAAGCAUAUUUAUCGGAGAUUGAGAGUAUUGGGCAAGCAUAUGAAGAUAUGCAAACUCAAAAUCAACACCUGUUGCAACAAAUCACAGAAAGAGAUGAUUACAACAUCAAGCUUGUUAUCGAGGGUGUGAAAGCAAGACAACUGAAUGAUGCGCUACGAACAGAAAUACAAGUGAUGGACAAAAAAUUGCAGCAAGCGAAUUCAGUCAUGGUUUUGUACAGCCUGGAAGUCGGACAUUUGGAUGAGCAGUUAAAAGUUUGGUCAGAACAUGUUGGGAAACUUGCAGAGGAUGGGAGGCAAAAUUCUAUUAUUUGGGAGAAUGCCCAGAGGAGGCUAUUGGAUGGGUGGAGCGAGUCUCAGCAGAUAAGGCAAUCAUUGGAUGAAAUACAAAGUAAGGCGGGGGCAAGCCGGCUAGAUGUUACUGAGCUGCUAAUAGAGCUAGAGAAGGAGAGGUUUAACACGAAGAGACUAGAGGAGGACUUGGAAGUCAUGUCAAGGAAAGCUGAACAUCUUAGGGCUCAAACUGAGGGCUAUUCAGUCCUAGAAAAGCUUAGGCAAGAAGUAAGGGAAUACAGGGGAAUACUGAAGUGUAGUAUCUGCCUUGACAGACAAAAAGAGGUGGUUAUUGCCAAAUGCUACCAUUUAUUCUGUAAUCAGUGCAUUCAAAGGACCCUUGGAAACCGCCAACGGAGGUGUCCGACCUGUGGAAUGAGUUUUGGGCCCAAUGAUGUGAAACCUAUCUAUAUAUAAUCUGGAUGUGCAAGCUGUUUUUUUGCUGAAGAUAGAAAUCCAAAGGCAUUGCGAUACUGGUGCACAACAGUUCUGUGGCUGUGCGCAUGCUUAUGUUUGUAACAUAUCUUCGUGGGGAAUUGAUUGGAUAGGUGCGUUGGCAGCCCCUCCUUAUCCAUAGCAGGUUGCAGGAAAUUGGAGGGCCAUGGUAAAAGCUGCAGGUCUUUCUCUACAUGAUCGUCAGGCCGUCUAUUGUAUAGCCCCAUGUGCAUCCAUUGAACUAUUGCAUCGGCCUACCCUAUCCAUUCUAUUGUUUCUUAAGUGGCAUGGAGAGCCUUAUUGUUCCCUUGCAUCGCUUGCAUUGUGCAGUAUCGAAUUAAUCUGAAGUCGGGUUGCACUAGCAAAUAAGAAAUUUUAUGGUUGCUCUUGUUGAUCCUAACAGUUUGUAUCCUGUACGUUUCUUUGGAGAGAGUGGCAUGGUAAAGUUUUGGUUGUUUCACCUGCCUUUGACCUGAGGCAUCAUUGCCCUGUGUACAUCUAUAGAUGUAGCUGCUUGUGAAAUUCGGUGUAUCAAAGAUUCUUGGGUAUUUCUUUCUUUUUUUUCUGAAUAGUUCAGUUUUGCCAUCUAGUUUAGAACGGUUGGUUUGAUUGUACGUUCGGUAUAAGAUGUUGAUAUGUCUGGAAAUAUUCAAAGCUAUAAUGAUGCAUUCUGCUCUUGGUUC